AUGAGGACUAGAGACGACUCUGCGCUUGACGAAGCUGCAACACCUGCCGCUCGUACUGGUAGGAUUAGGCGCAUUAGUGAGCGGAACAGGAACAGAAGCAAGAGCUCGCCGCCGGUCUCGCAGGUGGGUGUGCCCUUGGCGCGAGAGCCAGGUCACGAAGAGGAUUCUUCGGAUGGGACGGCAUACGAGGAAUCGGACAAAGACGACGUUAGCUCGCUUGACGACACUUCAUCGGACGAGAAGGGAUCGACAGCGACCCCCGUUAUUCCUGGUAGUGGAAGCGUUCCUGGUAGUGGAAACGUUCGGAAUAAGAAUCCACUUUGCACAAACAAGAGAGGGCUCGCGUUGGGGAUUCAGCAGACUUUGGCGGACGCAAUUGAAUCAAGAGGUGGACGCGACGCUUUCUUCGACGCAGGCGCAAACAAGGCAACUCCGGGGCGUUAUCAACCUCUGUUUGACAUCUGCGAGCAGAAUACAGAUACGUACGGCGUGUCCGGAUCACACAGACGAGAGCAGGUGCGAUCAAAGUGUCGGUGGUGGCAUAGUUUGUCACUCGAGGAGUACCAGAAAGUGAUCAAGAGCCUCGGUGUAGCACCUGCCUGCGAAAGGGAAUCGUUACAGCUUCCUGCGACCGGAUCAAAAUCUGCAAGCAAGACCAAGAGCAAGAGCGCCUCGAAAUCCAGCAAGGCCAGCGCUCAAUCAUCAUCGAAGAAGCAAAAGAAAACGCCUGUCGCUGCUGGAAAAUCGCAGAGUAAGAGAUCCACGCGUUCCAAGAAGGAGGUACCACCAGUACCGGCACCAACUCCUGCUGCUCCUGCUGACUUCACCAAUUACUGA